AUGGCCUUUGGGGACCCACCACGUGACCUCUUACAAAAGGACUUCAUUGACAAAAGCCAAGCAACCGUCAAUUACAGGACACGAGAAUACGACAACCCGACAUCCAGCAACCCCAGCCCGCAGAACGAGCCGUCUAGGGCAGGAUUUGUGCCGAGACCAGAGCCGGUGUCCCAGAGCUGUGUGGUCAGAUGGGGAAUAGACCACCAGCACCAUCAGCACCAUCAGACCACAUCUACAAGCAUUGGCCAGCUGACCUGCACGGACAGACCUAGGGAGAACGAUGAUGGUGAAGACGAUGAUCGUCCCCCCUUCACGCCGCCGCCGCCCAAAGAGAGGCUGAGCUACACCAGAUACCAGCUGGCACUCCUGAACGGCAUUUACCAGGAGGUCAGGUACCCGAAUGGAACCCAGAAACAGCUGAUAGCUAAACGAGUCGGGAUCACAAGAGAACAGGUCAAAAUAUGGUUUCAAAACAGAAGGCGUAAGGAUGUAGUGACAAAAGGGUCAGAUAAAAACAAGGAUUCAAAGGCAGCUGGAAACUCUAUCGAAACAAAUAAUCCAUCCCCUGAUGUGCAUGUUGGUAGUGACAGCAGCAACCAUUUCGAGGAAGAAAAAAUCAACAAAGAUGAACCAGCACCCGGUGGUGAAAAUGUUCACAGCUCUGUCAUCACAACAAACGGUGUGGCCAAUUUUAGCAGCCCUAACAACCUGCCCAGUGUUGCUGGAUCAACAGCAACAAACAAUGACACCGGGGUGUCUGAAUUACAACCUGCCAAUGGCACAGCAGCUUCUGCAGGACCAUCGUCCUCCAUAACAACAGUUUCUCCGAUGGUUCUUAGAAGUAUAAUAACAGAGCUGAAUAAGUUUGGCACAGAGUAUCUUAAGAUGAAGAAAAAGAAGAAAAGAAGUAAAACAAAAGCAACGAAAACAUCAGCUCCCGCGGUUGUGCCAUUGCCACCAACUUCUACUUCACUACCAACAUCUACUUCAACAUCAAAUACAUUAUUAUCUUCAUUAUCAUCGUUUUCCUCAUUGUCUUCAUGCAAAGCUCCACGCUUGUUCCAGAGCUACGAUAUGAUUGCUCCACCAAAUAAAUUAACACCAUCAGCUAACAAAGUUCUCCACACAAGUGAAGCUUCAGCGUUUCGAGAUCCCAGGUACGACAAAGCUCCUUUAAGCGGAGCAGUAGCAGCUGAAGGUGCUCCACAGUUGCGAGAAGGUUUUUCAUCACACAGGCCAGGCGAUUCUCUUGACUUCCUGCAGCAAAGACCUUUAGAACAUAUGCAUGGAUCCUCACAUCCAUCUUUCUCCUCUCAACCCUGCCAGCCCACGCUGAACACCUUGUUUCCCAGUCACGCAGUGCCUCAGUCUAUGCCCCAACACCCUGCAAUGUACGACAAUGUCCUUGGCUUGACAGACUUCCUAAGCAGUUACAGCAGUCAUCAGGCUAGUGCUGCCAUGGCUCAAAGACCAAUGGGACAAUCUCUCUUCUCAGCCAGUACCACACCAGGGGGCAGCACCAGCGACCACAAGUCGACCGGUGGUUUGUCCUACAACUCCUCACACUACCCCAUCUAUCAGCCUCGGCCUACACCACAGUUCACACCUCUCAGUCGGGUCUACCCGUUUCCUUUAAUAGCCGACCCACCCAUGGUCUUGUCAGGCAUGUGCCAGCCUGACACAUAUUUCCACCGCCCCCAAUGGCAGCCACACCCCCUGGCGUUAAGUUCUCAGACACCCCCACACAACUCACCGUCUGGCAUACCAGAAGACGCUUACAGACCACUGGUGAUCACCUCACUCAGCAACCCCUACUACUCCUCAGCCUCAUCAACAUACUCCUCCAGCUCGUCCACUCUACCUCAUCAGUCCUCCAUGUGGUCUCCCCAGUCAGACAUUUCAGAUUUAAACAACAAUUUCACAGAUUUGUAA